UUUCAUGGGUAGAGGUUGUAAUGGAACAACACAGCAUGUAGAUGUUUCUGAGUUACUCUUUCAGUGAAGCCAGUGAUAAUGGAGAAGUCCACUAACUCUUCAGCGUAUGAAUUGACAUAUGAAUAUUAUUAUGAUUACAUCGAUCCUGUAGCUGUGGAUGCAAGUAAACUCAACUACAACAGAUAUUGUAUUGUUAUAAUAUUCUGGAUCGCUAUGGCUGCAUUUAUUGGACUAUUGUUCUUGAUUCUGUCAAGUAUCUCAGGAACCAAGCAUCUCCCAAGGCAUCAGAGUAGCAAGAGAAAGCCAAGAAGAGAAAGACGUUCUUCAUCUAAACCUGUGGGGUGAUGAUUUUUCAAACAAAUGAACAUCACCAUGCAGUUUGAGUGCAGAAUGUCACUGUGGAUAUUUUUUUAUCUCUCAAUUUUUUGAAUUCUCUGCCACCACACACUCUAAAUAUCUAUCUAAAUAAAUUGUUCUAUUUUAUGCUGCUAUCAUUUUAUCUUCAGAAAUACACCUUCCUCUGUCUCUGUGUAUGUGUUUGCAUGUGUGUAUACAGUAUGUGUGGGCAUUUAGGAUGUAUGUGAAGGUCUGCAUUAAUUUUCCUAAGUAUGCCUUGUAUGUAUAAACUGCUGACUUAAUGUUAAUGUUAAAUAAAACUGUAAAAUAUUCCAUUUACAUUUCUGGUUGAAUAAAGGGAAUUCAUUUAUAAAAAAAAAAAAAAGAAAAAAAAAAACAGAAAAAAAAGAAAAAAAAAGAAUGAGUAUGGAUUAGUUGUAUUAGAAGGCAGCUGUUAUCACAAAGUUCAAGAUAAAGUAAUAAGUUGAUUAUAUUUGAAAUGCAAAGGUAAAUCAGUAUGUUUAUAUGUAAAUUAUCCCAAUAUUAUAGCUUUCCUUUGGAUAGUUACACGUAUACAAAUAGCAUACUGUUAAUUUUCUUAGUGUUUUAACAAUUAAUAUCUAAUAUAUUGUUGCAUGUCAAAAUCUUGUCCUAGAAAAUCAUAGUACAUUGUUGACUGAUUAAACGUUCUUAGUGGAUUCAUUUUUCUGCACA